GUUCCCAUUACUCUAAUUUACUUCUUUCUUGCUUUGUGUCAGUUUAGUGAACUAGUUUCUUUCCAAAACAAGGAAAAACGUGCAUAAUUUGAGGGGAAGUUAUAAAACCUUGCAAACCCCCUAGCUAUAUUAGUCUUAGUCUUUGCUUUCUCAGUUGCUCAUCAUAGCUUUCUUUCUUUUUGUUUUGUUUUGUUUUGCUGAUUUGACUUUCUUUGCACCGGUUCUGAAUUAUACAAACUUCAAAACCCUCUUCUUCUAGCUCCAAAUUCUGAAAAGCUUUGCAGAAUUGUAGGUGGAAACUAUGGUUUCUUUUGCUACAUUCCAGUCAUAAACUCUGGAGGCUAUUCUCAAGCCAUGCUUCUACCAGUAUUAAUUUAUUUGUGUGGUGUAAGAUGUAACAAUUCUGUCGGUUCAUCUGUCUUCCUUCAAUUGAACAUUAUUGCAAAUUGGUUGUUGACUUUUAAUUUAUGAGUCCUAGCCACUCUCUCUCAAUGUUACUAUUCCAGUCCCUUUAGCUGCUAUCUACUCUAUUAAAUUUUCAAACCUUCACUGCUUUUAUACAUUGCUAAUUAGUCAAUAAGCUCCCCACUGCCAUCGCUUUAUGUUUGUUUCAGUACAUGUUGCUGAGGGUGAAUAACCAUGUCUCUGACGUUUGUUGACCAACCCAGCAUUUGUUCCUUCCUAACCCCUUUUUACCUUAAUUACAUACACUGGCUGUAAAAUUUAGGUCAAAAAAAGAAACUUUCUAUCCCCUUAUCAGUAUUGAAAUGAUUGGCGUCCAUUUCCUUGCUGUAUCAUAGGCUAGAAACCAAAAAAAAUCUUGAUUUGUUUGUGUGCAGCUAGUAAUGUUCUGAUUAAUUAAUCUUGUGGAUCAUUUUGCCCUUUUGCUUUCACAGAUGAGGAUUGGACUCGGGAUAUUUGAAGACUAAGCCUGUUCUUCUUAAUAUAGUGUAUGGGUUGGAAUAAAUGAAGUCGCAGCUCAAAAUUGCUCUUGCUUUAGUUAUUAGCUUUCUAUGGAUUCAGCACUCAUUUUGUGAUGAAACUUCUGAUACAUCUAGCUUAAACAAGUGGAGAUGUAGAUGUUCUUUCCAAGGGAACCAGAGCUACUCUCUUGCUAAUUGUUCAAAGUCAUGUGAUUGCCACUCAGAUGCUGAAGAGAGUGCAUCUGUAUGGACAUGCAUAUGUGAUCCCAAUGGAUUUCCCAGAGUGGCAGCAGAUGGUCAUAGCCCUAAUUGCUUCAACGCUUGCAACUGCACCUGGGGAACUGUCAGCAUGCCAGGAGGUCCAAAGAAACAUGUUUCCAGCAAGAUUGUUGUAGUUAUACUAUUAAUAUGUGUUAUAUGCACAACCAUUGCAUUUCUUGUCUCAGUUGUAUGCUAUGUCUACCGAAGGGACAGAUGUACUAUUCAAUCACCAAUAUUCUCAGCAGAUAAGGAAACAAGUAGUGGUAGUACUACCAAUUUAAUUAGUCAUAGGUCAGGCACUUCUUCAGUGCCAGAAACAAAAUUUGCAAUAAAUUCUUCAAUUUGUCAUAUUUCAGGAUGCUUUCAGAAAGCCUCUUUCUUAUUUGGGAGCCCAAAAGAAACUUAUCAUGGAAAUAUUAUUCAAUUUUCAUUAGCUGAACUGGAAAAUGCCACUGAAAACUUUUCAUCUUCCAACCUAAUUGGGCUAGGUGGAAGUAGUUAUGUAUACCUAGGUCGGUUGAAAGAUGGUAGCAAUGUGGCAGUUAAACGACUAAAAGAUCAGGGAUGGCCAGAAGUAGACUCUGCAUUUUUCAAGGAGAUUGAACUAUUAUCUAGACUUCAUCAUUGCCAUUUGGUGCCUUUGCUUGGAUACUGCUCAGAGUUAAAAGGAAAACAUGUUCAAAGGUUACUGGUAUUUGACUACAUGGCUAAUGGAAAUUUGAGGGACUGUUUAGAUGGAGUUUCUGGAAAACAUAUCGAUUGGGCUACUCGUGUCAUGAUUGCAAUAGGAGCUGCAAGGGGCUUGGAGUAUCUCCACGAAGCGGCUGCUCCCAGAAUUCUUCAUAGAGAUGUCAAAUCAACUAACAUUCUUCUGGAUGAAAAUUGGCAAGCAAAGAUAACUGAUCUUGGUAUGGCUAAAAACUUGAGAUCUGAUGAUCUCCCCAGCUGUUCAAAUUCUCCAGCAAGAAUGCAGGGAACAUUUGGCUAUUUUGCACCUGAGUAUGCCAUUGUUGGUAGAGCUUCUCUUGAGUCAGAUGUCUUCAGUUUUGGGGUGGUUCUUCUUGAGCUUAUCAGUGGUCGGCAACCGAUCCAUAAAUCUACAGGAAAAGAAGAAAGCCUUGUUAUAUGGGCUACUCCUCGCCUACAGGAUAGUAGGCGAGUAAUAUCGGAGUUGGUUGAUCCACAACUGAAAGGAAACAUCCCAGAAGAGGAGGUGCAGGUAAUGGCAUACUUAGCAAAGGAGUGUUUGCUGCUGGAUCCUGACACUCGACCAACCAUGAGUGAGGUUGUUCAGAUUCUUUCAAGUAUUUCCCCUGGAAAAUCUAGGAGGAGAAGAAACAUUCCAACUAGCCUCUUUCAGGAACCAGAGGCCGCAGAAAAGCAAAGGCAAGCUACACAUGGUAAAUUUCCAUCACACAGUUCAUUGCCACUAUAUAUUGAUCACAAUCUAUGUGCUGAGAACAAAAAUAAAGAAGCAGAUACAGUUUCAGCUGAGUCUAUGGAGAGUUUGAUCCUCUUGACUGCAAAAUCUGAUGGCUCUUGUGCAUCAGAAGAGGAAAUAGUAGACCUAACCGAGCCUAGGUUUGAAGCAUUCUGCAUCACAAAUGGCAACAACCCUUGAAAACAUUACACCUGGCGAGGGAAGAAGUUUGAGGAGUUUAUGUUGUGUACACUUUCUGUUCAAGGCUCAACGAGAUAUCAUGAGAGAUGCUGCAAAUAUUCUGGUUUUGAGACUAUCUUCAAUUUGUUUUGAAAGGAAAAUAUUCGUUUGUUUCUUGUACAGAAAAGCAUAGGAUUAUAGGAGAUUCUGGUUCUUCUUUAUUUGGAGAAAAACCAGAUUACAUACACAUUAAAUUAAAGGUUUUGGUCAUAGAAAUAUUUCUCUUACAAAUAUAUUUGAUACUGACUCUACUGACCUAUGCAGUAGAUGAAAUAAACUUUCUUAAUACA